AUGGCAUCUCAAUCCACAUCCAUGUUGGAGUUCCAGACAAAAGAUACCACAUUGAUUAGAGAUGCAGAAGAGACUUCAAAUGCUGUAGGGAUUGCAGAGACUCUAGAAUAUCAAGAGUUUCCACAGGCCGAAGCCACUCCAUCAGAACUGGAUGCAUCAGUGUCCGAAGAGGCAUCGGUGCCAGAAAUCGAUCCCGACACCGAGUACGAGUAUGAUUCAGAGGACAUCGAUAUAAUACGAAUAUCAGAUUUGCAAGAGCAAAUGAAAAGUUUGUUCCAUGCGCUCCUCUCCCGCAUGUUGAAGUUUAAGAUUAUGGAGCCUGCGACAGACUCUGAACCUGAUCUCUUCUUCAAAGCCGAAAUCGCCAAUUGGAUCGAUGAUGUGAGGAGGGCAUGCGAUCAGAUGAACACAACUGUGCAGGUGUUCGAUGAGAAAGGAGUCAAUGAAGCUAUCGAUGAGUUGGCCAAUUUGAUCGUCGUCAUGAGCAGUUGUGUUGAUGAAAGUGAUCGCAUCAGCAAAGCGGCCAACAUUAAUUUAAGCGAGGUCAACUUGGGCGCCCUCAAUAUUGGAUCAACUUCUGAAAAAUGA